AUCAAGUUGAACGGCGGAACUGUAACUAGAGAAACCCGGAAGAGGACGUUUAGUUACGGUUACUUCUUAAUAAGAAACUUUUAGCACCUUCCAACAUUAACUUGCUUUAAAGUCUGUUAUUGUUAAAAAAAAAAAAGUAUACAGCGAUUUUGUAGUUUUUAAUCCAACGUGUUUAUUAAUCUGUAGUUUUAACUUGUCCAGGAAGCAUGGAUCAUCGAUCGGUUUGUUUACUUGGUGAAUCAGCUGACGAGCUAACGUUAGCAAACUUGAGUCACAUGAGUUGUUAACAAAACUCCAGUUGUACCUUCCUAAAUGAAACGCGCAGUUAGAGAAGGACUUACCGCGUAGAUGUAGAAUAGAACGAUUUGCUGGGAAAGCACUAAGUGAGACAUUUGGGGUAUGUUAAUGGGAGACUAACUGCUACAGAAGGUAAAGGCGUUAGCUACAGGUCCCUGUGUUUGUCAUCGGAUCGGGGGACUGUUUUAAAGGCCCUGUGGCGACUUCAUGACAAGAUGCCUUGCUCCUGUGGGGACUGGAGAAGAUGGAUUCGGCCGUUGGUCGUUGUGUUGUAUAUAUUGUUGCUAAUUGUCGUCUUACCGCUGGUCAUCUGGGAGCUACAGAAAUCUGGGGUUGGAACUCACAACAAAGCAUGGUUCAUUGCUGGGAUUUUUGUUUUCAUGACCAUACCUAUAUCAUUAUGGGGCAUCCUCCAGCAUCUGGUGCACUACACCCAACCAGAGCUCCAGAAGCCUAUUAUCAGGAUAUUAUGGAUGGUCCCAAUUUACAGCUUGGACAGCUGGAUUGCUCUAAAGUACCCCAGUAUAGCAAUUUAUGUGGACACGUGCAGAGAAUGCUACGAGGCCUAUGUCAUCUAUAACUUCAUGACUUUCUUGCUUAACUACCUGGAGCGUCAGUAUCCCAGCUUGGUGAUGAUGCUGGAGGUUCAGGAGCAGCAGAAGCACCUCCCACCGCUCUGCUGCUGCCCACCUUGGCCAAUGGGAGAGGUGUUGCUGUUGCGAUGUAAACUGGGAGUCCUGCAGUACACGGUGGUAAGACCCGUCACAACAGUGAUUGCUUUGAUCUGUCAGCUGUGUGACGUUUACGACGAAGGCAAUUUUAGCUUUAAAAAUGCCUGGACAUACCUGGUUAUUUUCAACAACAUGUCACAGCUGUUUGCAAUGUACUGCCUGGUUCUGUUCUACCGGGCUCUGAGGGAUGAGCUGAGUCCCAUCAAACCAGUGGGGAAAUUUUUCUGUGUCAAAAUGGUGGUGUUUGUCUCUUUUUGGCAAGCUGUGCUGAUUGCUUUGCUGGUAAAAGUGGGAAUAAUCUCAGAGAAACGAACCUGGGACUGGCAGAGUGUGGAGGCUGUUGCUACCGGCUUACAGGAUUUCAUCAUUUGUGUCGAGAUGUUUCUCGCAGCCAUCGCUCAUCACUUCAGCUUUACCUACAAACCUUACAUCCAGCAGGCAGAGGAGGUCUCCUGCUUUGACUCUUUUAUGGCCAUGUGGGACAUCUCCGAUGUCAGAGCAGAUAUUUCUGAACAAGUUCGUAAUGUUGGAAGGACAGUCAUGGGUCGCCCAAAGAAGUCGUAUUUUGGCGAGGCGCAUGAUGACGGUGAGCGUUCUGGGCUUCUGUCUUCAGCGUCUCAAGAUGCCAUCACAGAAGCUGCAAGCAACCAAGGUCAGUACGAGGGGCUUGGAAGAACCCUUACACCGCAUUCCUUAUCAGCGCCGGCAGGGUUGGACUCGGCUGUGUGGGAAGACGGUCAUGAGGCUAGAGCUGACUCAACCCAAGAAAAUGUAAGGACAAAUCACACCAAAGAACCAGAAGAGGCGGAUCUCAUAGUCAUCACUUAGGUUAGUCUAUUGCAGUGUUUCUCAAUUGCGGUCCUCACGCCCCCCACCCUGCAUGUUUUAGGUGUUUCCCUUCUGCCACAUACCUGGAUUGAAUAUGUGGGUGAUUAACAGGCUUCUGCAGCACUUGAUGGUCAUGCAAUCAUUUUAAUCAGCUGCUCUGGAGUAGAGGUACAUCUAAAACAUGCGGAGCAGGGGGGCCUGAGAAGCCCUGGUCUAUUGUUAUAUGACUGGGCAGGUCCCAGGUCCAAAGCUUAGACAAACAAAUGAAACUAAAGCUGAUUAAAAUCAGCAAGACAUUUUUCAGCUGCUGAAAAUGAAAAGGACGUCUCCGUUAAUGACAGCUGUAUGAAUGUUCUAUCGAAGGUUGGGUCUUACAUGGCUUAUUAACGCGCACUUCACUAUUUUAUAUUGUUUGAGGAAAGGGAGAAAAAGCUUGUGCUCAAAGUUCCCACAACAAAUCCAUUAUAGCUGUUAUAAAGCCAAGAGCACAUCUGAACCCAGGGUUCUUUCUGUAGCCUUUCAAAUCAUUCUUUCUUAGCAACGUCUUCAUAUGAAGUCUGACAGAUGAGCAGCUUUCAAAUGUUCUUUUUAUUAGGAUGUUCUUGACUUGCGGGACUUUAUAGCAUUCAAGAGGCUACAUUACUUAAAGGAGAGUUAUUAUGCAAGUUGACCUUUAAGUGCUUUAUAUCAUGUUAUAUUUCCUCAUCAAAAACCUACCUGGAGUGUUGUCUUGACUCUUUCAUACAUGUUUGAGCAAUUUUUGUGUCUCCCAUGGCAACUAUUCGGGGGUGCCUAAAUGCUUGGUCAUACAAAGCUCCACCUAUUUAGCUUGAGGUCCUCGCCCUCAUAGCGUUUCUAGACUAGCAGCAACUGCAGCUUGCAAACAUAUGGAACCGUGUGUCUGAGCUCUUGCUAACUACUUCUUAGUGAAAAGCUUCUCAGAAUGAUUGCGGACAAUGUAAUGAAGAAAAAUUGUCGUCAUGAUGUCCUGAAGGUGAGCUGUCAGAGAAGGAGCUUUUUAAAGAGACAGAGGCCAAUUUCAAGGCAUCAAAUUGCAAAGUCAAAUUUCUUUUAAGUUUUUAUAUAGACACCAUUUUUAGACCUGAAGGUAAAAUUGUUACUUGAUUUUGCUAUAAAAUGGCACUAUGGGCUUAAAAAAUACAUAAUGACCCCCUUUAAAACACAUAGAUUGUUCCAAAGCUACAUUUUUGGAAAAGAGCAUUGAAACAUUUUAAAAUAAAAAUGUUUCCAGAUAAAAGAAUG